AUGUACUGCGUUUUGCGGCCAUCUGAGAAGCACUCCUCUGGUCAACGUACGCGAGAAGUCGGAGACUCGGAGCAAGACGAGACGAGCCGUCCUUUCUCUCCUCUCCCCAUGGCACGCCGCAUACUACGGGUACCUGGCUCCGCGGUAAUGCCUGGGCCCUCCGUCUCCUUCCCGUCUGCCGCCUGCGCCUGUGACUUGCACAGGGCAACAACGGGUAGUUACAACGGCACAAGCCAUGUGCGCAUCGGGCCCUGGGGCUGGGGGUCAAAGGGUCAGACAUUGUCAUAG